CGAGAGGCCUCCAUGUUGGUGUGGCUGAAGGAUUGGCAGGCGAGGCCUCGCGUCGGAGCCUUGAAGCCGGGUGGAUGUGCGGGAGGGGGCGCUACUCCUCCGACGUCAGCUGUGUUGCGCUUUGAAGCUUUGGCAGCUUCGCCCUCCGACUAUGGCUGCACGGUCGGUCAUUCUCGGUAUCGACCUGGGCACUACGUCUGUGAAAGCGGCCCUGGUGGAGACCGCGCCAGGCGACCCAUCCGGGUUCUUGGUACUGGCGAGCUGUGCGCGGGCUGCGCGGGCCGAGGCAGCGGCCCAGAGCGCUGCGGCAGGGCCCCAGGGGCGGGAGCAGGAUGUAAGCAGAAUCAUCCAAGCCCUAAAUGAGUGCCUUGCUGCCCUUCCUCAGCAGUUGCUCCAGGAAGUCUGUGGCAUUGGAGUAUCAGGACAGAUGCAUGGAGUCAUGUUUUGGAAAACAGGCCAAGGCUGUGAAUGGACAGAGGGAGGGGCCUCCCCUGUGUUUGAGCCCAGAGCUGUGAGCCACCUGGUCACAUGGCAGGAUGGCCGGUGUAGCAGCGAGUUCCUGGCUUCUUUGCCUCGGCCAGAGUCCCAUCUCAGUGUGGCCUCAGGGUUUGGCUGUGCAACCAUCUUCUGGCUUUCGAAGAAUAGCCCAGAGUUCCUGAAGUCCUAUGAUGCAGUGGGCACCAUCCAUGACUAUGUGGUUGCCAUGUUGUGUGGCUUGCCAAGAUCCCUGAUGUGCGACCAGAAUGCUGCUAGCUGGGGAUAUUUCAACACUCAGAGCCAAAGCUGGAACUUGGAGAUAUUGAGGACCUCAGGCUUUCCCAUCCACCUGCUCCCAGACAUCGCUGAGGCGGGCAGCUUGGCGGGCAGAACUUCCCGUGCCUGGUUUGGAGUCCCAAAGGGGACGCGGGUGGGCGUGGCCUUGGGUGAUUUACAGGCCUCCGUCUAUUCCUGUAUGGCCCAAAGGACAGAUGCGGUUCUCAACAUCAGCACCUCUGUUCAGUUGGCAACCUCCAUGCCUCCAGGAUUCCAGCCGGCACAGACUCCAGACCCAACAGCUCCAGUCACCUACUUCCCAUACUUUGACAGGACCUACCUGGCGGUGGCAGCGUCGCUCAAUGGGGGCAAUGUGCUGGCCGCGUUUGUCCACAUGCUGGUACAGUGGAUGGCCGAUCUAGGUCUGGAGGUCGAAGAACCCACUGUAUAUUCGUGCAUGAUCCAGGCAGCUGCACAGCAGAGAGACACCUGCCUAACUAUCACUCCAACGGUGUGGGGCGAGAGGCACCUGCCGGACCAGCUGGCCUCAGUGACCAGAAUCUCCUCCUCUGAUCUCUCCCUGGGUCAUGUGACCCGGGCCCUGUGCCGAGGCAUUGUUCAAAACCUGCACUCCAUGCUUCCAUUUCAACAGCUCAAGGAGUGGGGUGUGGAGCGGGUGAUCGGCAGUGGGAGUGCGCUGUCCAGGAACGAGGUUCUGAAGCAGGAGGUGCAGAGGGCGUUCCCUUUCCCAGUGUCCUUUGGGCAGGAUGUGGACGCAGCUGUGGGGGCAGCUCUGGUCAUGCUCCGGAGGAACCUUAACCAGAAGGAGUCUUAAUACAUUCUUUGGCCAAAGGACUUGCAAAUUUUAUCUAAUUAGCAAUUCUCACAUGACCUUGGGGUCAUCCUUUUCCUGGACACAUUUGUGGGCAGCUUUUUUUUUUUUUUUAAUUUUUUUUUUUUUAACGUUUAUUUAUUUUUGAGACAGAGAGAGACAGAGCAUGAACGGGGGAGGGUCAGAGAAAGGGAGACACAGAAUCCGAAGCAGGCUCCAGGCUCUGAGCUGUCAGCACAGAGCCCGACGCGGGGCUUGAACUCAUGGACCGUGAGAUCAUGACCUGAGCCGAAGUCGGCCGCUUAACCGACUGAGCCACCCAGGCGCCUCUGUGGGCAGCUUUUAAGCAAAGCUUGUUCUCAGGGCACCAUCUUGACCAAGAACCUACGUUCAGGGCAUACUCUAAUAAUGCAACCAGGACUCAUCAACUGGAUCCCAAAUCAGUACUUUCCAAAAGAGACUCACCUGGGAACUGGUCCCAAAUAUAAAUAUGGUGAAGAGAGAGAGAGAGAGAGAGAGAGAGAGAAAGAAAA